AAACAGUGUUGCAGGUCUUGGGCAGCUGAACUUCCUUUGCAAUUUCAAAAUACCUAGUCAGCUCAUGCUUUGUCUCAAGGAAUUUGUCUCCGAUUGCAAAAAUCACAAUAUUUUAAACCUGUUAGAUUUCUGUAACACCUGAUUGGUUUAUUUGUUAUCUGUUACCUAAGCCUGUGAUGGGUCAUGAUGUUUUUUCCUGAUGUCUAUAAUGAUUUCUUAAUAUUUCUGUAUUCCCCAUUGUCCUCGCCUUCUCACCCAUUCAGAAUCUCAGCACUGCCUUGAAACUGCAUACAUGACUCAUGACUUGUAAAAAACUAUCCGUGGUCUGGGAGUUCAUAGCCACUUUGGUAUGCUGGUGACCUGACAGCGCUGUUGUUUUUUCUCUUUCAGAGAGGAGUACCUGGGUGUUCUGCGAAUAACUGCUGAGACUGAGCGUAGCAUCUUCCUGUAAAUCCAAACUCACUUUUUCCUGGUUGUGCAAAUCCGAGAUUUCCUGACAAGAGACAGUCAGGAGUUCUGCCUGCAACCGGAACAGAUUCAAGAGUGCAGUUUUCCUCAGAAGCUUGGGAGCGUGAAAGAACUCAGCCUGCCCGGCAUCUUGGGAGAAGGAUGGCAAUCCAAGGGAAACCAGAUGAAGGCAUAAAUCUUCAUCCUAAUGGGCAAUCAGAGGCAAGCCAGCAAUCAGGGAGGAGGAGGAGGAGGAGAAAAAAUCAGAACGCGAGGACUUCUGCUGAAGCAGAAAACAACAAUUGGAGAUGUCUAUCAGGGAAGAAGGUUAAAAUUUUCUUCAUCAUUUUCUUCUUCAUCACCACCAUUAUUACUGGAGUUGUUACAGGGUUAAUCUGUUGUAGGAGUGGUCCUACAUGCUGCCCACCUGAUUGGAUCGGAUACCAGGAAAAAUGUUACUACUACUCAAAACAUGAGCAGAAUUGGACUUCCAGCCAAGAUUUUUGCAGUUCAUUUCGUGCAUCUUUAGCUGUUAUUGACAAUCCAGAAAUGGAGUUUGUGAUGCGUUACAAAGGCAAAGAUUCCUUUUGGAUUGGCCUCAGGAGAGCCCCAGGUCAGAGCUGGAAAUGGACAAGUGGAGACAAUUCAAGUUUGCAGGUCAUUGGAGAUGGAGGUGACUGUGCUUAUCUGAAUGAAGAUGCUUCAGCAAGCUCUUCGAGAUGCAGCACGAAGCAUCAUUUUCUUUGUAGUAAGAGAGUCACAUCCUGACAGCCAAAGGGAACAUCGUGGGUUAUCUCUUCAGCCAUUUCCAAGGAUAACAGAAGAGGAAAUCCAGCCCUGGACAAUCUCAGUGUGAUGGCUAACAGCUGGGAAAGUUGCUGUCACCCCACAAACUUGGGGAAAUGGUUGGGGAGGAUUGAAAAUUCCUGGAUCCAAGGAAGAUAGAAACAUAAAAACAGAGUGAGUCAGAAGGGGACAUCUAGUCAUCUAGUCUGACCCCCGGCUCCAGCCAGCUCUGCUCAUGACA